GGCUCGGCGGGUCGUGGCUCGGCGGUGGCGGCGGCGGCCUCCAGAUGAGCGCCUCGGCGUCGCUCGGGGGCCCGGCCACCGCGCUGCCCCCCGGGUCGACCGCGCGGGCCCUGCAUGUGGAGCUGCGGUCUCAGCAGAGACGGCUUAGACAUCUUCGGAACAUCGCUGCCCGCAACAUUGUUAAUAGAAAUGGCCAGCAGCUCCUUGAUACCUACUUCACACUUCACCUGUGUAGUACUGAAAAGAUAUAUAAAGAAUUUUAUAGAAGUGAAGUGAUUAAGAGUUCUUUGAAUCCAACUUGGAGGAGUCUUGAUUUUAGAAUAAUGCCGGACCAUCUUGAUACAUCCGUGUCUUGUUUUGUGGUGAAGAUAUGGGGUGGAAAAGAGGACGUCUACCAUCUGUUGAUUGAAUGGAAAGUCUAUUUGGAUGGGUUGAAAUAUUUGGGUCAGCAGAUUCAUGCCCGCAACCAAAAUGAAAUAAUUUUUGGACUGAAUGAUGGCUACUAUGGUGCUCCAUUUGAACAUAAGGGUUAUUCAAAUGCCCACAAGACUAUUCUUCAGGUGGAUCAGAACUGUGUUCGUAAUUCUUAUGAUGUCUUCUCUUUGCUGCGGCUUCAUAGAGCCCAGUGUGCAAUUAAACAGACUCAGGUAACUGUUCAGAAAAUUGGAAAGGAAAUUGAAGAAAAACUAAGACUCAAAUCUACAAGCAAUGAGCUGAAAAAGGAAAGUGAGUGCUUGCAAUUAAAAAUUUUGGUGCUUCGAAAUGAACUAGAAAGACAAAAGAAGGCUCUGGGACGAGAGGUGGCAUUACUGCAUAAGCAACAAAUUGCAUUACAGGACAAAGGAAAUGCAUUUUCCACUGAGCACCUCAAACUUCAACAACAGAAGGAAUCCUUGAAUGAGUUGAGAAAGGAAUGUACAGCAAAAAGAGAACUCUUUCUGAAGACUAAUGCUCAGUUGACAAUUCGGUGCAGGCAAUUACUAUCAGAACUUGCUUAUAUUUAUCCUAUUGAUUUGAAUGAGCAUAAGGAUUACUUUGUAUGUGGUGUCAAGUUGCCCAAUUCUGAGGACUUCCAAGCAAAAGAUGAUGGAAGUAUUGCUGUUGCCCUUGGUUAUACUGCACAUUUGGUCUCCAUGAUUUCCUUUUUCCUACAAGUGCCCCUCAGAUAUCCUAUAAUUCAUAAAGGAUCAAGAUCAACAAUCAAAGAUAAUAUCAAUGACAAACUUACUGAAAAGGAAAGAGAGUUUCCAUUAUACCCAAAAGGAGGUGAGAAGUUGCAGUUUGAUUACGGAGUCUAUCUUUUGAACAAAAAUAUAGCGCAGUUAAGAUAUCAACAUGGAUUAGGCACUCCAGACUUGAGGCAAACCCUUCCUAACCUGAAAAACUUCAUGGAACAUGGAUUGAUGGUCAGGUGUGACAGACAUCACACCUCCAGUGCAAUUCCUGUGCCAAAGAGACAAAGCUCCACAUAUGGGGGUGCUGAUGUAGGUUUCUCGGGAGGUAUCCCUUCACCAGACAAAGGACACCGAAAACGCGCCAGCUCAGACAACGAAAGACUACAGUACAAAACUCCUCCUCCCAGUUACAACUCUGCCUUGGCCCAGCCUGCACCCACCAUCUCCUCUGUGGGCGAGUCAGAGAGGAAGGCAGCAUCUCUAUCUUCCUCCUUGGAUACCUCCUUGGACUUCUCCAAAGAAAGCAAGAAAAAGGGAAUCAAUUUGGGUGACAGCUUGCAUGGGGACCACAUGAACGCAGGUACUAGCCAUGAGCCAGGAACAGUCUCUGGGCAUCCAGCUACCAUCAAUGGCACACUCUUACCUGGUGAGCAAGCUGGUGCUACUGACACCCAGCUGCUCAGGGAGUGCCACCCCGUCUCAGAAGCUGAGCUCUGUUGUGCUGUAGAGCAAGCAGAAGAAAUCAUCGGAAUGGAAGCCACAGGGUUCACCUCUGGUGAUCAGCUGGAAGCCUUUAACUGCAUCCCAGUGGACAGUGCUGUGGCAGUGGAGUGUGAUGAACAAGUUCUGGGAGAAUUUGAAGAGUUCUCCCGAAGGAUCUAUGCACUGAAUGAAAACGUAUCCAGCUUCCGUCGGCCACGCAGGAGUUCUGAUAAGUGAGCAGACGCCAUAAGACCAGGACACAUUUGCUGCCUAAAAUGAAGAUAAAGCUGCACUGGUUAUAAUUAUGAAAAUGAAUAAAAACAUAAUGGAGGAUAUUCCUCAGAAAAACUGACUUUGUGGAUCAAGGAGGGACUCAGGAUCAUUGUGUAUUAGCAGAUCGGACCAAGUUAGAUUUUGCUUGCAAGAUUUGCUUUUUCAGGCCUGAUGAUUAUUUUAAAGCAAAGGUUACUCUCAUGCUUGAGUCACCUUACAGAUAUUUGUCUGCUUUUUUAUUUACACUUCUAUGUUAUCCUCAGAGGGAAGAUGGUAAUAUAUAUAAAUAAUAUAAUGAACUCACUUUUCAUCUCUCAGAGACAUUUGCCCUCAUCAGAAAGCUUUGGGCAAAUUGAAAAUUCAGAAAAAAAAAAAAGGUUUUCAUCAUUUAUUGAAGGAUCCUUGAUCCUUUUUUGAAUUGAUGAAUAAGAAGCACAACAUCCUCCUCUGCCCCAGCCCGUCCGCCUUGCCCCGAUUCCAGUCACUCUGCACGUGCCCUAUCACACAGCGGCCUGAAAACGGAGCUCACAAGAGUCACAGACCUUCCAUCUUCCCUGGUCAGCCAUGUCCUUGAGGAGCCCAUAAUUUAGAUGAAAAACCUCUUCUCUGCUAGCUUGGGAUCAGGGUCAGGGGGCUCCAGGAUCAUGGCAUGUUCAUUCUCCUUUGGGGGAGUCUCAGUGUUUACGUGGGCUGAUGCUGCAGUAAAAAAUGAGGCAUGCUUUCUGGCAGUGCACUCACCAGACACACGUCCCUAUCUGGAAAUCCAAUGUUAAUUUAUUAAAUUUUAGCUGGAAAGAAAGGCAUUGUAUAUGUAGAGUCAGGCUGUCCAGUGUGCAAACACAGACAGUUGGAUUAAGAGACUAGAUGAGGCAUAGAAUAUUACUGGUCUAUGUGCAAUUGCUUAAAUAUUAAAUUAUGUUUUUGAAGUUCAAUUAUCAUUCCUGGAGCUCAGAUUUUUAUUUGCUAUUGCUUUAUACUUUAUAUACCCAAGGAUAUCACCUCAGGGUUGCAAGCUCUUUAAGGAAACUUUAUCCAUAUAUCCUGUAUUGUAUAGAAGAAUAAAAACUGAGUUUACUUCA